AAUGUAAGAAAUGAUAUUGAACUCCACACAUUCAAUGACAAGCAAUAAAUCCUUUUAAUUUAGUAUUAAUUUAAUGAUUGUAGCAGCUAGAUUAAUGUCACAGUUUACCUAUAUCCCUACUUCCUACCUAAUUGUUUAAAUAAUUAUGCUCGUUUUCUCUCUCCUGUAUCUAAUUUAAGAAAUCUUAAGAAAAAAAAAAAAUUGA